AUGGCGACUUAUGAAACUGCUCAAGACCAAUUCGUCACUGUAGAUGGCAUCAAAUUCGCCUACCGCCGCUUCGGCUCAGAGCAUGGCGUGCCCCUCACGCUGUGCAUGCACUUUAGGGGAACGAUGGAUCAUUGGGACCCAGCUCUCAUAAACCCUAUUGCUGCCAAACGCCCUAUCAUUACAAUUGACAACGCCGGCGUAGGCCGCUCUGGGGGUGAAGUCCCCAAGCAAUUCGCCCAGUGGGCGCAGUAUUACAUUAACGUCCUGCGUGCAAUUGGCGUCAACAAAACCGAUGUACUCGGUUUCUCCAUGGGCGGGUGUGUCGCUCAGCUCGUUGCUCUGAACGGACAAGGUCUAGUCCGCCGUCUUAUCCUCUGCGGGACGAUGCCCAGCACCGGCGAGGGCACGGUAUCUGCACCUUCUCUCGAACCGUUCAAUCGCCUCAAGGCAGCCAAGACAGAAGAGGAGCAAAAAGACGCUUUCUUGAUGAGUAUGUUCAACACCUCUGACAAGAGCAGAGUCGCAGGCGAGGCAGCGUGGAAAAGAAUCACAGGCGCGAGGAAGGACAGGAGUGAUCAUGUUUCUCCAGCCAAUUCGCACCGACAAGGAAUUGCUUUUGCCAAGUUCAUGGACCCGAAGCAGGCCAAGGAUGCGUCUUAUAAUCGCCUUGAGGAGCUGCGUAUACCAGUUCUUAUCGCAAAUGGAAGCGAAGAUCUUUUGCUCCCGACGGAAAACAGUAUUGUGAUUUGGAAGAAGUUGAAGAACGCCCAGGCUCAGCUGCACCUAUACCCAGAUUCUGGGCAUGGCUUUCUCUGGCAGUAUGCGGAUCAGUUUUCUAAGCUUAUCAGCGUAUUUCUAGGUGAUGAACCUAGCUUAUCGAGUCGUCUUUAG